UUUUUUUAAAAACAAAGUAGAAUAAGUUCCGCGGCGAAGACGGGGCUGGAUCGUUCCCCCUUUCGCGACUUUAUGGAACGUCGACGGUAGUGUGAAAAAUAAAGGACGAUCGAAGGAAUUGUGAUUGGUGGUGUACGAAAAAAGGACGAUCAUCGAAGUGAAUAAUUUUUGAAGAACUUUGGAAAAGAUUGAGUGACCAAAAUGCAAGGGUAUCAGAGGAAUUUCGAGGAUCAACAGAGAGAUCAAAGGGAUGAGGAGACGAUAGUUGUAGAUCUCGUACCGCCGCAGUAUCAACUCAGCCCUCCCCACAGUCCGCCGCCGGGGAACAUGCCGAAAACACCGGAAAAGGAAACCUCGCCGUCGCAUCAGCAACAACAGCAACAACAACAGCCGUUGUCCUCGAUGGAUCCGAAUAUCAGAAGAUACCGUACGGCGUUCACUCGAGAACAAUUGUCUCGUUUGGAGAAAGAAUUUCAUCGGGAAAAUUACGUGAGCAGACCGAGGAGAUGCGAAUUGGCUGCGCAAUUACAUCUACCGGAAUCCACGAUCAAGGUCUGGUUUCAAAAUCGUCGCAUGAAAGACAAGCGGCAACGAAUGGCUAUGGCAUGGCCGUACGCCAUGUACACGGACCCGACGCUAGCUGCCACCCUGCUAGCAGCAGCGACGGCCACCCUACCGCCACCCCCGUAUCACGGUGCACCAGGUUUGCCGACUUCUCACCUGGCCCCGGGUUACCCGGCAGCCGCAGCAGCCGCGUACUACGCGGCCAGAUACACGCCGUAUCCUACCGGUGUUCCAACCACCAGCGCGUCGUCCCUUCAUCGGCCGCAUCCGCGCACCGCAGCCGCUUACCCGGCGCACCCUCAUCUCCUCCAGCAUCACCCGUCGCUGCCGCCCCUGCACUUGUCGGGCCUGGGCGUUCCUACUGUCGCGAACACCGCCUUCCAGGUGAACAACCCACCCACCAGCGCGGCCGCCACCUACAGGCCUACCCUGUUGCCCGAGCUGAGUCCCGUUCACUCGGACACGUCGAGCGAUUGCGACUGCGUCGGCGCGCAGCCACAUCACCCGGCGCAUCACGCCAACGGGCAACAGAUACACGAGAAGACCAGCCCCCCGCUGCCCACCUCCCACCCGUCCCAGCACCUAAAGCUACCAUCGGGCCUGAGCAUCGCGGGUUUGCCAACCAGCAUCCAGACGAUCGGUGCUUUCGAAAGUAAAAAUCCGUACGCCAGCAUCGUCUCGACGCCGACCGUGCAGACGACCAAAAUUGACCCACCGAAAUUAUUCCAGCCGUACAAGAACGAUAUCUCCGAGAGAGCGUAGAAGAUCGAAGGGAAUCGUUUGAAAUACGAAGCUGGCUUCUGAACGAUAGGGGAUGUAUCGACCGGUGAUUGAUAUCGUGUAUUAAUCCUUGCGAUGGUUAAUUGUCAGUUGGAAUUCUGAAGGAAACGCGAUUCUAAUUUACCAGUCGGAUUUUCAUCUUCCUUUCGACGCGUUAGAUGUAAAUGUAAAUAUUAUAAGUUGUAGAUCGAUCUACGAAAUUGUACAAAAUCCCCUGUGUAUUAUAGUCUCCCUUGUAUGUACAAAAGUAAUCGAUCGUGACUGCCAAUCGGAUCGACGAGACUGAGUAUGUGUUUCGUGGUGUAAAUAUGUCGACUGAUUGU